GCUACUACCUGGCAUCCGCUUCAUUCAAACUAGCGGCGCGGCAGUUGGUUCUGAGGCGGACGUUUCUGAUCCUGAGUCCGCCGUUUAAUAAUAACUGAGCCCACCAUGGAGGGGGAGGAGGUGAUGGCGCCUCCGGCGGACCCUGCCCCACCCACCGGGAAUAACAAGUCCAAAAACAGAAAUGUUCCUAAACGGAAAUCUUCCGUCAGUAGCUUGGCCAGUCUGACAACCCCGGAGAAGUGCAGCAGAUAUUCACUUAGAAGAGGAAGCUCUUUCACCUUUCUGACUCCUGGAACACAAUGGGAUUUUACUCUGAAAAGGAAGCGCAAGGAAAAAGAGGACGACUCUUUCAGCCUUUGUAGCUUUGAUCUCAAGGAGCCGAGCAAUAAAAGAGUACGGCCUCUAGCACGCGUAACGUCACUAGCAAACUUGAUCUCUCCUGUGCGAAAUGGCGCAGUCCGGCGCUUUGGCCAAACCAUCCAGUCAUUCACAAUGCGAGCUGAAAAUAAGUCUCCAGGCAGUACGCACAAAGCUUGUAGCAAGAUGGCUGCACCUACUCCUCCAAAAAGAAGAAACAGCGUCCUGUGGUCUGAGAUGUUAGAUGUCAAUAUGAAGGAAACGCUAAGCACCAAGGAAAUUAAACGACAAGAGGCUAUAUUUGAAAUGACCAGAGGAGAGCAAGACCUUAUUGAAGACCUUAAGUUAGCAAGGAAGGCCUACCAUGAUCCAAUGCUGAAACUGUCCAUUAUGUCUGAGGAAGAGCUUGCUAAAAUAUUUGGAGAUUUAGAUGCCUAUAUUCCUCUCCAUGAAGAAUUUCUGGCUAAACUAAGAGAGGCAACAAUGGUAGAUGGGACAGUUGGUCAGAUCGGUCACAUUCUUGUUAAAUGGUUACCUCGACUCAAUGCAUAUAAAGGCUAUUGCAGUAACCAGCUGGCGGCCAAGGCUCUUCUAGAUCAGAAAAAAUUAGACCGCAGGGUUCAGGAUUUUCUGCAACGGUGUCUGGAGUCCCCCUUCAGUCGCAAGUUGGAUCUGUGGAGCUUUCUGGAUAUUCCCAGAAGCCGCCUCGUCAAAUACCCACUGCUACUGAAGGAAAUUCUUCGUCAUACUCCUAAAGACCAUGCGGAUGUGAAGAGUUUGGAUGAAGCUCUAUGCUUAAUCCAAGGCGUUCUCACAGACAUAAACUUGAAAAAGGGGGAGUCUGAAUGCCAGUAUUAUAUCGAUAAGAUGGAGUACCUAGAUGAUAAACAAAGAGACCUGCGGAUAGAAUCGAGCAAGUCGCUACUGUGCCAUGGCGAGUUAAAGAAUAAAAAUGGCCAUAAGCUGUACUUGUUCCUUUUUCAAGAUAUAUUGGUUUUAACCCGGCCAGUUACCCGUAAUGAGCGUCACUACUACCAGGUGUACAGACAACCAAUACCUGUUCAGGAACUGGUGUUAGAAGACCUUCAAGAUGGUGAUGUGAGAAUGGGUGGUUCCUUCAGAGGCGCAUUCAGUAAUUCAGACAAAGCGAAAAAUAUCUUCAGGGUUCGGUUCCAAGAUGCCAGUUUAGGACAGAGUCACACACUUCAGGCCAAUGAUGUGUUUCACAAACAACAGUGGCUAAACUGUAUUAGAACAGCCAUUGCUCCAUACCAAGAUGCUUCACCAACAGAAUUAAAGGAACUGCCUGACCUCAGUGAGGAAUGUGAAGAAAAUCACCCACCAGUCCUGGACACCAAAGAACAGAGAAGAUUGUCCACCAUAUCUGGCAUUGUGGAAAUGGACCUUGAAGAAGACGCAAGCAGUCCAGUUCUGGACUCAGCAGGAGGUCCUAAGGCUGAGAGAGCCCAAAGAGCACAGUUUGGCAGCCGGAAAAUAAGAGAGCGAACACAACAAAGUGCUAAACGAAAAGAAACUUUGGUUUAAGUUGCUGAACACAUUUUGGCUGGACUUGUUAUUUAUAAAUAUUGUACAUUUUCUUCUUAAUGUGAGCAUACUGGGAUUAUUUCACUGAUCCUACUGUAUUUGUUACCCCAAUUCCUUUUCAGUGGCAGCUACUGGUAUGCAGUGAAUGCUGUUAAAAAACAGAGUCUUGUUUUUUCUUGAUUUGCAUAAUCUGGUUAAAACACAAAUACUAAAACUUUAUUCAAAAAAAUAUUUUGAAAGGAUUCUUUUGGUAAAUGAAGACAAUUGUGAUUAUUUAAUGACAGCUAAUUUAUCAGAUAAUGCGAAGAAUGUUGGCAAUUCCACGUAAAUGCAUAUCUAGUAAUUACACCUACAUUUGCGGUUUUGUUUUAAUUGGCUUGCCCAGCAGUUCACUCCUAAAGUACACUUAGACUGUAACCUGAGCCAGUAUUUCAUGCCCAAUCCUUGCUACUGUUUAAGCAAACCUAAAAAAAAAACAGACUCUAGGUUUUAACAGGUUUUCCAUGUUACCUACUGGAAUUGUCCUUUUUGUUUACUGUACAUUCCUUCUUUUCUGUGUUUGUGAGAAGUAUUUAAUUUUUUAUUUAGUAUAGAGGGUUUUUUUAUUUUUUUAAACUGAUUUUAUUGUAUUUUUUGAAGAUUCUGAAAAUAUAUUUUUUUAAUUCUCAAAUGCAUUUUCAAAUAUCAUUUUUUCAGGGCAGCUAAAUCAGAAAUGCCAUUAAGGUUUGUCCCUAUUUGUGAUAGAAUGCUAAGAAAAAGGUAGGCACUAGCGAAGGAUUUAAGUGAUGUAGACUCUGCUGAGUAAUUAUUACUGUGUUUUGGCGAGAAGCUUUAGACUUUAUGGGCUAUGCACAUAGCAAAAAAGUGACUUAGAUUGGUUAUCUGUAUGUUGUAGAAGGUCAGAAGGUAUGUUUUUGGAGAGAGAUGCAGAAGUGGACUAACAUAGUUGAAUAUGAAAUGUUAAUUGGUCUGAUUUUUUUUUUUUUUUGGACCAAUUUUACAUUAGAUGGUUUGAGAAACAAAUUUCACGUGUUGUCGAAUUAUGGUAGAUAAAAGUUUUUUUUUUUUUUUUUUAUCCUCCGAAUACAAGUUUUAAUAGCUACUAGUCCAAUCAGUGUUGUAAAGACAUUCACUGCCUGUAUUUACUGUGCUGUAAUCUUCAUAUACUGUAAAUACUAUUUUGGAUAUGGGAAUGCAUUGUUGGGAAUUCAGUCACUGUACAUAAAUGAAAUGCGUGGAUUUAUGUAAAUGUGUACAGCAAUCAGUCUUCAAAUACAAUAAAAAAAAAAAUCCCUCAUC